CAACCAACUCUGAGUACAACACGUUUAUACACUACUCUUCCACGUGGGGCUGACACUCAGUCAACUUAUCGAUCAUCAAGUAUCAUUAUAAUACAGCACUUCCCGAUCACCUAAAUUGCUUCUACGCCUUAUGUCACGAGCGUUUGGCUCACUCUCUCGCGACCACAAGUAAAACUUGGAUGUCCGACAAGUGGCGUGUAAAUUCGUCGACUCGUACAUGAGUGCCAGAUCCAAGUUCACAUCCGAUCUGCCAUGAUACCUCGGAACGCCCCAGACGUGCUGUCUGUCACCACCGAGCCGGACAUCGAUAACGUCCAUGCAGACGCUUCUUCUUCAAACACAGACCCGUUCAAGUUCAGUCACGGACUCACGGGAGUGGACCAGCCUGCAAACUACCUUUACGUUAACAUCUUGAUAGUAACGGUACUAGUCCCAGCUGCCCUCACGUUCUUGUACCGGUUGGUUGUAUACAUAAGAAAUGACAGGCGGCGAGUCUCAGUGAUCAGUUCCUGCCGUGGCCAGAAUUUCUGGAGAAGAGACCGGUAUUCGAUACUGGGAACAGCGAAAAAGAACUUCUUGUAUGCUCCUCUCUUUGGCGAUCGACACAGUCGUCCGCUGAGGAUAACCUCUACCGUCAACGCUGGAACUAUACCGACAAGACCACAGUUCGUGGUGAUUAUGGUAUACAUCGCCAGCAACCUAGCGUACUGCCUAGCAGUACCAGAGCAACUACCUGCUCAGCGUUUUGCAGAGCUCCGAGGCCGAUGUGGGGCUCUUGCGGCCUUCAACUUGAUCUUUACGAUCCUUUUUGCUCUUCGCAACAAUCCUUUCAUCUGGAUGCUCGGAGUCAGCUACGAUACCUUUAAUCUAUUCCACCGGUGGACUGCACGAUUGGUGAUCCUCGAGUCGAUAGCGCACGUUGCAGCGUUUAUGUACAACACGUAUCAGGUUGAGUACCAAGGGAACGGCGGCUGGAGUAGUGUUGGGUGGGUUCUUGGACAUUCAGUCUCAUAUCGGUGGGGUCUCGCCGCCUUCAUCGCCUUCACUUUCAUCCUGCUGCAGUCGCUUGGACCACUCAGACGCGCGUUCUACGACACCUUCCUGAAUUUGCAUCGAUUAGGCGUCAUCGUAGCGAUGUCCGGCGUCUACUUCCAUAUGGCAAAGCAUGCUCUUCCGCAGCUUCCGUGGGCAUCUCUCUUCAUCUCUCUGCUUGCACUUGAGCCAGUGAUGAGAAUUGGACGAACUAUCUACUACAACUUCUCGUGGAAACAACGCACCUGGACCCGAGUCACCGUCGAAGCCUUGCCUGGAGAAGCAACUCGAAUCGAAUUCUCGAUACCGCGAUCAUGGAACUGCAAACCUGGAUCGCACACAUACAUCUACUUGCCAAGACUAGCACCCCUGAAUUCGCACCCAUUCUCAGUCGCCUGGCACUCCGGCUCAGGGUACGCGAGCCUAGACACCGAAAAGCCUCCUUCGAGUGUCGAGGACUUGGAGCUCAAGUACGGACCCAGUACAAUCUCGUGUGUCAUUCGUGUCCGCACAGGAAUGACGCGCUCGCUGUACGACAGAGCCUCACGAGCCAAAACCAACCAUAUCGAAUUAUGGGGCGCAAUCGAAGGACCCUACGGAGGGCACCAAUCCCUGAGCUCGUAUGGGACUGUUGCGCUCUUCGCCGCCGGCGCUGGCAUUACGCACCAGCUAUCGUUCGUGCGACAUCUGCUGGCGGGCUACAAUGGAAAUACGUCAGCCACGAGAAAGGUCCUGCUUGUCUGGUGUAUACCGAAUAUCGAGUGUGUCGAGUGGAUUCGCCCUUGGUUGGAAGAACUCGUUGCUAUGCAGAACUUCAGCGAUAUCAUCCGAGUGCAACUGUACAUCUCGCGAUCUACCCAACAGGCUGCUGCGUCAUUGCCGUCGCACCUUGGGGUUGAGGUUCUUUCGCAGAAGUGUAACCCUCAAGAGAUCGUCGACGAGCAGAUACUAGCGCAGGUCGGUGCCAUGGCUGUCACAGUCUGCGGCCCAGGGGGCUUUAAUGAUAGUGUACGUGCUGCUGUAAGGCACCGCGUUGGACUGCGCAGUGUUGACUUCUUCGAGGAGGCGUUUUCUUCAUGAUGCGAGGCUUUCACACAGCCUCGGUGCGUGGAUCCGACACCCGGGAUCUGAGCAGUCCCUACUCCGAUCUGCAUCGGUGUGUAACUUAUAGAAUCGUUUGAUCUCGCACACGUGUUUCACAUUGAGUUAAUAUAGUGCAUCAAUGAAAGAAGGUCCAAAAUGAUUGGUCUCUGAGCCCUUAUCUCUUCAACUCUUCGGAUGUUUCCAACAAAUACAAGGAUCAGGCACAACCACUUGCUAAUACUUAGUCCUCAAUGCAAAACACACUCUCGUCCAUCUCCCACCGUAGUCUCCAUCAAAAUGCUGAGAUGACG